AUGGCCGAUUCAGCAAUGUACAGUGGUGUUGAGUACUUUUCUCUCUUUGUAAGAUUUGUGUUUUCAGAUGGAUCAUUUGAAGAAAAGAGAGUCAAAAUAAAAAACUAUGAUGGCAAAACAGAUGCUGCGGGGUGGCUCAGUUGGAUAAUGAAAAUAUUGGAAUUGAUGGAUGCUGACCUCAUUAAAUGCAUUGGUGCUUGUUUUGAUGGAGCUUAUGUUCUGAUACGAAAUGGUGGGCUCUCUGGUAAACUCCUGGCUAAAAUAAAAGAGAGAGACGGGCUGAACGGAUUUGAUUCAAACUACUGCUUUUCACACAGAACAAAUAAAGCGACUGAAAAGUGUUUUGAAUCACAAUGGGGGCUGGCCAUUGAAAGUUUCUUGGACGGGUUAACAGUUCAGACAACAAGAACAGCAUGGGAUCAAUUCUGUGCCAAAAAUCAUAUCAAAGGUGCAGUUCUCAAAUUGGUUCAACGAUCCGAAACAAGGUGGCUCCAAACAGUAUUAAUUCUUGAUAACAUGUUUGAGAAUCUGCCUUCAUUACAAGAAUUUUACAGUGAAAGAGAACAAUACCAAAAGCCUUUUGGACCUCGCAACAUUAUGGGUGAGUGUAAUGUCAACUGCAAAUUGUUUGUUGCGUGUAUGUUCUUCACUCAAAUAGUGCUCAGUAAGGUGAAGAUAAUUAACGAUUGGCUACAGACCGCCAAUUUACUAUACCCCGUGGCCUAUCAACGUGUUGAAGAUUUAAUUUCGAAUAUCUUCGAGCUCAGACGUAAGGUGGUGUUAACCGAUUAUUUAGAAAAAAUGAAAUACACUGAAGAACUUGACGACAACGAAAAAUUCAUUUUGAAAAAGUAUUCAAUUCACCUGCUCGUAAAGUUGAGUGACGCGAUGAUUUUGAGGUUUGCAAUUCCUUCAAGAAAAAUGACCAAAGAAGAUAUCUUCGAUGCUGGAUUGUUGAAGGAAAACCAGGUCAAAGGAACGAAUAUGGCAAAUUUCGGAAAAUUACAAAGAAAACUCAAAGGAAAAGAACUGGUAGUAAACAUCAAAAUUUACAACAACUUUGAUGCAAAAUCAUUCGACGAAAGUGAUGACCAAGAAUUGAAAGCGGAAUUUACAAAGUUUCAAGAUUGGUAUUGUGCCAACAUUGAAAAAGUCGAAGAAAUUGCAAACAGGUUGAAAAGAGAAGAAAGGGCUGAUGCUACUGAGGCGAUACGUACUCUUGUUAAACAAGUGAGAUUAACAAGUACAGAUCAAACAGAAGCAACAGAUAUCGCUGAAGAUUGCAGCAGUAGUGAAAUUGUCAAAGAAAAGAGAGCAAACGCCAUUCAACAGAGAAAGCAAAUAAGGACUUUAUUCAAAAAAAGCAGAAGAUUUCUUAAAGAGUUGCCCAGUCAAAAAAUUAACUUUGAACACUGUAGUCCAACCACUUGCCCAGUUGAAAGAUCUUUUAAUAAAAUUGGACAACUUGAUAGAGCAAACAUGAGCGUUGAAAAGAAAGUUGCUUACAUGGAUGUCGGGGAUGCUCUGAAAAACUAA